AAGAGGACAUCACGGAAAAAAGUCGCCUUCGGCAACCCCACGCAGAGAUCCGAUCCUUUCUGCCUACUAUAUAACCGCUGCACCGAGCGCCAUGCCGGGACUACCGAUACAAUCAAGAAUUACCAGGCUCCCCGGCACGGAUUAGUAGUUGCAAGACACGUGUAUAUAAUACCGUAUGGAAGCAGUAUGCGGGAAAUGGUUGGAGGUUGCUGUGUGUGUUCCGAUGAGCGCGGCUGGGCUGAGAACCCGCUGGUAUAUUGUGAUGGACACGGCUGCAGCGUCGCCGUGCACCAGGCCUGCUAUGGCAUUGUGCAGGUGCCAACUGGGCCGUGGUUCUGCCGAAAGUGUGAAUCGCAAGAGCGGGCAGCACGAGUGAGAUGUGAGCUGUGUCCACACAAAGAUGGAGCACUCAAAAGGACAGACAGUGGAGGCUGGGCCCACGUGGUGUGUGCGCUGUACAUCCCGGAGGUGCAGUUUGCUAACGUGCUGACCAUGGAGCCCAUAGUGCUGCAGUACGUGCCCCACGACAGAUACAUCAAGACGUGUUAUAUCUGUGAGGACCAUGGCCGAGAGAGCAAGGCUGCCUGUGGAGCCUGCAUGACCUGCAACCGGCCUGGCUGCAGACAAGCCUUCCACGUCACCUGUGCUCAGAUGGCAGGUCUGCUGUGUGAAGAGGAGGGGCCAGAGGCUGACAACGUGAAGUACUGUGGCUACUGCAAACACCAUUACAGCAAAAUGCAAAAGAAGUUGCGCUCCCUGCGUGAGACGGUGGGCGGCUCCUUCUACGCCUCUCGAGGGCGCUCCAGCUCCCCUGCUGCCCAGGACACCAAGCACAGCUCUCACCACCACCGGCCACGCAAGAGUCACAAAGACAAGACCAAGCAGAAGGAUCGGCACAAGAAGUCGUCAGAGGGCAUGCCCAGUUUAGGCUCCACCCACUCCAGCAUGCCCAGCAUCGGCCCCUCCAUCAGCCUGGAGAAGUUGUCCUCUGGCCACCAUGGUGUGUGUAAAGAUGGCGAGGGCAAGCCUAAGAAGCUGAGUAGCCACUCGGGCCUGUCUCACCGCAGCAGUGGCAGCAGCAAGAAGUCCGGCAGCGGCACCAAGAGCUGCUCCUCAUCCUCCUGCUCCUCCAGCCCCUUCAACGCAGGUGGCACCUCCUUGACCAGCCAGGACUUCCUGCAGCUCUCCUCCUCCUCCUCCUCCUGCCGCCUGGAGCGCGAGAGGGAACCCGAGGAGGCGCCCCCCGCCCCCGAUCCCCCGCCACGAGAGGAGCGCAAACGACGCAGCCUCCCUGCCGACGAUGACGAGGAAGAGGAGGAGGAAGAGGAGGAAGAAGAAGAAGAGGAGGAGGAAGUGAAAGAAGAGGAAGAUGAGGAGGAGGAAGACGAGGAGGAGGAGGAGGAGGAGAAGAAGAAGAAGGAGACGUCGAGAGAGAGGGAGAGGGAGAGGGAGAGCAAGUACUCGUCUCAUAAGGCACCCCUGCAGCCCCCAGCCCUCACCCCCGCCAACGCCCCCCCGGAGCCGGAGAGCAACAGCACCUUCGAGACCAAGGUCACCAUCUUCGGCUCCAUCAUGCGCAUCACUUCCUCCUCUGGAGGACUGGGCAACGCUGGCAGCAAGGUGCGCAAGGUGAGCUCCAAGUCCGGCAGCAGCAACGGCGGCUCCGGCCGCUCCCUCCAGCCCUCCUCCUCCUCCACUCCCCCCAGCCUCCUAGAGGAGCCCACCCCAGCUCCUCCUCCUCCUCUUCCACCUCCUCCGCCGCCUCCAGAACGUCCCUCUUCCUCCUCCUGCUCGCCCUCCUCCUCCUCCACCGUGCUGGCGCCCCCGGCGCCAACGUCCCGCGAGCGCCGUCACCGCGGUAACAAGAAGAGCCGGCACGGGCCCGGCAGGCCGCGCGGCAGCAAGAACCGCGAGCGGGAGAAGCAGCGCGGCGCAGGAGGAGGAGGUGGAGGAGGAGGAGGAGGAGGAGGAGAGGACAACAACAACAACCACAACCACCACCAACAACAACAACAGCAGACUCCACAUCCGCCUUUAUCCAUGUCUUUACCUCCACCGCCCGUAGCCCAACAGCAGCAGCAGUCCCACCACCACCGGCACCAUCACCACCACCAACACCACCAGCCCAUGCAGGUCCAGACCCAGAGCCAGGGGCAGACGUCGCAGGCACAGGCCCAGUCGCAGGGGGGAUCUCUGGGCUUCUACCCCAGUCCACCCAGCCUGCCCCCCGCGGCUUUCCCCACCUCUGCCGCCAACACGCUGCUCAGCUCUGGCAUCUACAGUAGUCAUAAGGAUCCCCUGUCUCUUGGUGGUGGCGCCCCUGGUGGUGGUGUAGGGGGGGGCGCCGCAGGAGUAGGCAUAGGAGGGGGGGUGUGCAGCACUCCUCUCUCCACGGGCCUCCUCUCCUCACACAUCCCCUCCCUGCCCCUCACCCCUGCCACGGCCAGCAGCAGCCACGCCAGCAGCACACAGAUGCAUGGUGUUGGUACAGCAGCUGGUGGUGGUGAUGGUGGUGGUGGUGUGCCCUCCUACGGUAGCCUGAGCGCCUCCAUCACGGGGGGCUUUGGGAGCUUCCUCUCCUCCAGCUCCGCCCCUCCUGCCCCGGCCCUGCCCCCCUUACUCAACCAGGCCCAGACCACACUACCAGAGUCGGACCUUGAGGACUGUCGUUUCCCCUGUCAGGACAGCUCACCUCGAGAAAGCCUCUCCUCACAGUCACCCAUGAGUACCCUGCCACUGCUGUUUGAGACGAGGGACGGGGGGGUGGCGGGGGCGGAGCAGGGCCGGACGCCGCGGCUGGAGAACGUGCCCCACAUCGAGAUGCUACUGGAGAAGCACAGCAACGGGGAGAUGGGCGUCAACAUUGUGGACAUGCUCCAGUCUCUCCACUCCCUGCAGCAGGAGAACCAGCGCCUCCAGGACCAGAUCCUGAGCCUCACGGCCAAGAGGGAGCGCCUCCAGCUGCUCAACGUGGAGCUGGCCGUGCCCUUCCUACCCCCUGGAGGAGGAGGAGGACCCAACACCGCCGCCACCAUCAACCACCACCACCUCCAGCACGUUGCCACCACCCACCUGCCCGGCCAGCAGACGCACCUGCCCAGCGCCGCCUCCAUCGCCCUGCAGGCAGUGGCCCAGGUCCAAGGGGUCCAGGGUGGAGUCUCCGCCACUGGAUUCCUCGCCAGCGCUCACGACCCUCUGACCUCCAGUAAGAGCCCCCUCACCAAGACCAGCUUCCUCAGUGACACCUCCUUCAUAGCCUCCUCCGAGGACCUCCACUCAGGCAGUCCGUCCCGCAGUAGCUCCUCCUUCUCCUUCCAGAGCACCCCGCCCCCCCAGCAGAGCCCCGCCCCCUUCACCCAGCCAAUGCUGAACGGCCUGGGCCGGGGCCUGGGCGACAGCCUCGCCGCCAUUGGUGGGGGCAGCGGCAACGGCAGUGUGGGAUUGGUGGGCGCCGGCGGGUUGAUGGACGGUUUGACGGGUGGAGGUGGAAUGAAUGGAUCUCUGACGGGUGGUGUUGGGAUGAAUGGAGUGAUGGGAUCAGCCAAUCAGAUGCAGAUGCAGCACAGCGGUGGUGGUGGUGGCGCCACCCAGGGGAACCUGCCGGCACUGCAGCCCCAGCCUCCACCCCUCAACCCCCUGGCCCUGGCCCAGAGCCUGCAGCUCCCCAAGAGCCUCAGCCCGUCUUCCCUCCUGUCUGAGCACCAGAGGCAGCUCUUACUCCAGAAGCAGCAGCAGCAGCAGCUCCAGGAGUUCCUCGUCUUGAAGCAGUUCACGCCGGAGCAGCAGAGGCUGGUCUACCAGAUGCUCCAGCAGCAGCAGCAGCGGCAGCAGGAGCUCCAGCGUCUCUCCUUAGCCUCCUCCUCCCCUGCUAAUGCUGUCACCAACCCCUCCUCCGCCUCCUCCUCCUCCUCUUCCUCCUCCAUGACGCCCCUCAUGGGCCAGUCUCCAGUCUCCAUGCUGCCCCAGGCACAGGCCAAUGCCAACGCCUCGCCCCAGGGAGCCACCACGCUCUUCGGCCUGCAGGACAACUCUCUCCACAAGCCAGGGUCUGUGGGAGACAAAGCAGGGGACAAGAACGGAUGAUUUCACUUCCUGAUCCAGCUGGCGGCGUCUGACUAAUGGGAGGGCAGUAAUCAGUAUGUCUGGUCCCGCCCACUCUUGCCUCUCGUCGCUUCCUACCAGACGAAAUCUUUGACACCUUCCUCUCUUUUUCCUCUCCUCUCUCUUUCUCUCUUCCCGCCUUCCACUCGUUUUUUUUCCUCCUCAGUGAAUGUAUUUCGACCCUGACUUUGGCAGGAGUCGAAUCUGAAAACAGACAGUGGUAGUUUGUUUCGUUGUUUUUUUUUUUCUCCCUGUAAUAUGCGUUUUUAGAGGCAAAAACACAUAGGCAGCUUUUCCCCUUUUUUUCAGGACAAGUGAUGGUUUUUAUUGAUAUCCCUGUAUUUUUUUGCACUAAUUGUUAAUUUUGUCAGUUCCUUCAUUUUUUACAAGUGUUCAUGAUUGAUGUGUAUCGUUAUGGUUGUUACUAUUAUUAUUACUAUUAGUAUGAUAAUUAUGACUUAUCAUAUUUUUAUGAAAUAACUAGACUAGACUCUGGUCAUUGAUAACUGGUGGUAUUUCCAGCUCAGUUUGCGCACUGAAAAAAAUCCUGUGUUAAUUCAACACUUACAGAGUCAAUUUAACAUCUUCUAGACUAGAGUGUAUUUGGUCCUAGAUUACUCUCUACGUGUUGAAUUAACAAUGCAUUUUUUGUGUGUGUGUUAAGUGGACUCUGAUGCUUUUUCCGACACCUCCAGAGCAAAGGCCCUUCUUCGAGUCUUCCAGCCUCACCAAAGUGUCCCCUCCCCCCCUCUCCCCCACACCAGUGGACAGCAUACAGUAGGACAAGGAGAGAACCACUGGCUAUAAGCUCUUUCCAAUGUGGCAGCCAUGGACAGUUGUCAUCAUCAUAGACAUGCAAUCUGUGUUUGUGAAUCAUGGUAAUCAUUGAUGAUGACGAAGAGGAUGAUGAUGAUGAUGAUGACGGUGAAGACUAAAAGGCUAGAACUUUUCCUUUUAGGUCUUUCAUGUUCGUCAUGGUCAUCUUGUCAGGCCGAAAAUGAAGCUGUCUAUGAGAGUCAUGGCAAUGAAUGGCGAUGAUGGUGAUGAAGAUGAUGGUGAUGAUAAUGGUGAUGAUGAGGAGGAGGAGGAUGAUGACGACAUUGACAAUUAGGACAGUGAUAAGGCAAGAACCAAUGGUUCGUUGCUCUUUACACUGUCUGUCGUGAACAGAAAUUAAGCUUUUUUGUUUUAGGAUCACACCAAUGAUGAUGUUGACAAUGACAAUGCUGGUGGUGAUGAUGAUGAUGAUGAUGAUGAUGAUGAUGAUGAUGAUGAUGAUGAUGAUGAUGGCACCACUUCCUUCCUUUACAAUCCAGGGGUGCGAUUCUUGAUAGUGUAGUUGUUAGGUAGUUAGCAACUCGACUAGUUGCUAAUGGGAAAUUGCAUUGCAACCAACAAAGUAGCUAACGUAGUUAACAACUAUGGUUUCAAGAAAUGUACCCCAGUCUGAGUCUGUCUUCCUUCCAUCCUCCUCAAGGAUUCUUCUUCCUCAAGGAUUCUUCCUCCUCAAGGAUUUUUCCUGCUCCAGCGUCUCCUGCUUUAUUCCCUGUCUGUAGUUUUCCACACCAGCCCUGUCCUGGUGAGAAUGUCUGAGAUGAAAGGAAUGUGAUUUCGUUUUUACAACUGAUAUGUUUUAUCGUUUUGAGAGUUUUGUUGAAACGUUCCUCGACUUGUGAAAGAGUUGUGACCAGUGGUCACAUGUGUGUCACUUUUUGACGCUGUUGUUGUGAGUUUGUCGCAAGGAUCGUAAUGUCGUAAUGAAAUUCGGGUUUUUAGUUUGUUUCUUUUUUUCAAUAUGUACUUUCUUUCAUCUGAUAUAUGAUUGUAUGUACAUAUUUGCAUGACACCCCCCCCAUCCCCCUGUCCACAACGCCACCGUACAUAGAUAACACACCCCACCACGACCCCACAUGGAGUACAUAAUCAGGACUCCCCCCUCUAUAGUGUAAAAUUAUGCACAUGUAAUACACAACAUUCUUCCGAUAGAUAAGCUCUCUGUAAAAAAUAAAAUGGUUGUUUUUAGAAUUUAUUUGAUAGAUACACACUGUAAAACAUUGCAGCCAGUUAAACGUAAAAAAGUAAGUUGCUCUGCUGGCUUACAUUAACUCAACUCGAGACUUAACUCAACUUGACGCUUUCUUACGUUGUGUUAACUUACCAACUUCAAGCAGCAGGGCAACUGACUUCUUUACGUUUAACUGGCUGUAAUGUUUUACGGUGCAGCUGAGGAAACGGUGGAAGCCCCUCUUGAGAUUAAAAGUGAACCAAACCGUUAAAAGUUACAAGCCUGUGUAAAUAGAAGGAAAAACUAUUCCUGAGCAAAAGUCUCGUCACAGAAAGAUUGCCCCAUGUGUACAGAGGCAGACGUAUCAUGUCCAGAAAGUUACAUACGUCCAGUCACAUGCUGUACUUGUUCCCACCAAAUUUGCUGAACUAGCGGAUCCCUUGGUAGAUCGGGAAAUUAGUGAAAUCAACUGUGUGGGAAGCACAAACAGAAGGACUUUUUCACUUUCUCAAUGUGGUGUCCUGUCGAUAUGACCAACCCAACUGAGCUCCACUUCUGGAUAAGUUAGGGUUACGCCAGGGACACAUAGCCUACAGGCGAAACCAGGUGCAAUUCAGUGUUCCAUUCUGACAGCUGAAACGUCAUCAGGUCGUCGCGGCGGAUCAAAUGGAAUGAAACAGUUAUGUUGUUGAUUUGAUUGACCGCCGCAGGCGAAAUUCGCUCCUCAUUUGCAUAAUAUUAAAUGCUUAAUUGCUCAAAUAUUUUCGGCUUCGCUUCACUCCUGUUCGCUUGCCUUUGCCUCCCUCAUAGGAAUGAAGGUUGAACUUCUCUUCGCUUGGCCAAAUUCGUGUGUAUGUGUCCCUGGCGUUAGGAUCCUUUGAAAACAACGCAUAUCGACAGAACACCAGUUUGUCAGCCUCUGUCCAACGUAUGUACAGCCGUGUAUAUUGCGCUAAUGCUGAAAUGCAGCUCGUAGCCAAUUAAACGUACCUUAUCCAAUAAGGUUUGGUACUAGGAGCUAGCAGCUAGGAUCUAGGAUCUAGUCGACUAGGGAUUAGGUAGUGAUUUAUAAUGGAUGUUUUGCACACUGUCAUAGGGUGUUUGUUCGUAUGUCUAGGGUUUUUUUUUGUUAUUAUUUUUGUCACCGCUCUGAUUAUUCAGUGGUCAUUUUGUCAUUAGGAUGUCUGUGUUAUAUUGACUGACUGACUAUAGUUGUCCUCGUACAGCUUACUUAAUGCCUUAAUGUUUGUGAGAAAGUUCACGAAAAAAAGUCCAAAGUAAUUCAUUCUUAUUUGUUUGUUUGCUUGUCUGUUCAUGUUAUUUUUCAUUUGUUUUCUAUGUGUAUUUGGGUACAGUGAUAGCAGUGUGAGGCUUUGUAGAGUCUGUCUGAAGAGAUUCGAGCCUGUCCCAUUCGAAUGAGACACGCAUAGGCCUAGAAGAGAGACAGUGAAGAUCCCAUGGUCUUCAUCCUAUUAUAAGUACACUUGCUAGUGACAUGUUGUAACCAAAGUCUUGCAAGUACUUCUAACUAGACACUUUCCAUUGUUAAUAAAUAUCAUAUAUGAAGAUAGUUGCGGCAUGCUCCCUGAAGAAAAGACACUUUUAAACACUUUUUAAAUUUGAUUGUUUUCAUUUUGAGUUUUUUGUUUAAAAUUAUUAUUCAGUCUCUAGAUCUCUAGAUCAUCACAUUGACCUGAGACCUGAGACUACCACACUUGUACAUGUUCAUACCAGUUUUUGCGUUUCACACACAAAGUUAAACAUGUGUGAGAGCACAAGCCCAGUUUCAUUGUGUGCAAGACUAUGCCCUAUUUCGUCCCUUAAGUUUUUCCGCAUAUGAUCUAUAAAGCUUUGUAUUGUUUUCAUAAAAUGCAUGAAAUCAUUUGAUGUUUUUUUAUUAGGUUUUUUUUUACUGCACAAAAAGGAAAGAUGUUAGUGCUCAACCAAGUAAGAAGCUGGAUGUGCAAUGUUUCCCCUCGCCAUUGUAAAGCGUGGUGCUCCACGGUGCUAUGCACUCGCUAUAAUGGGUAAAUUAUCUUUUGAGUAUGGCCAUUGUUUUUGACGCAAACAAAAAAAGUCCAAUCUUUAUUGCCUAUGGUUGCACUAAAAAAGGUUGUUGAUGAGUGUCUGUUUUGUUAUUUUUUAUGUUUGUGUAGCGUUAUGAAACGUUGAUACAGCGCUGUACAUGAAACCGUAAUGUGCUCCCAGUAAUGUGCAACUCCAAACUCUUUGUGCUAAUGCGCCAACUUUCAUUCUUUCUCUUUUCUCCCAUCUCUCUUAUCAUCCUCUCCAGCUUGCCAUCUUACCAUAUUCCUCUAUCUCCCUCUCUCUCUCUCUCUCUCUCUCUCUCUCUCUCUCUCUCUCUCUCUCUCUCUCUCUCUCUGUUGCCUUAAAAUCUAGCCUAGGCAGAGUUGUGCAUUGUGUGUAUGUUCAUGCAGGCUAGUUUCUGCCCCCCACCCCCCUUUGAGAAUGCUGAAAUUCAUCAUAUUGCCUGUUUCUUGUUCUACUCAUUCAUGUCUUAAUGAACUCUCAAGGUAACUCCAACUGUUCACUCAGCCUUACUGAAUGACAGUUGAGGACAGAGAGCUUGUUCAGCCUGAUCUCACAGAAUUCUGUGGAAUGGACACGGACCUUUGGAGCACGAAAUCUCGUGACCAUAGCACAGAAUUUCUGCAAAAUCUGUGAAACUGACACAGAUUUUGUGUCCCGAAGGUCCGUGUCCAUUCCAGGGAAUUCUGUCAGAUCAUGUUGGGUUGUUUUUUUUUCCAUGUUUAUCGGGUAGGGAUGAAUGUGAGGAAACUUAAGUCCUAUAUACGGUAUCUUCCAUAGUCAACUGUUUCUUGUUAGUGACGAUAUGAUAUUAAGUGCUGACGAUGUAAAAAAAAAUCGCAUGUUGGAGAAGCUGUUUGAUGGCUAAAUGAGAUGUUUAAAUAAGUUACCCUUGGAGGAAAACAAAUGAAGUAAUACUGGAGGGAAGUAGUGAGAUGUUGCACUGGGGCUUACUCGCCCAAAGGAUUUUUUGUUCGUUUGUUUAUGGUUUUUUUUAUUUGUUUGUAUCUUGUUAUUUGUUCGUAUCUUUUUUCUUGGUUUAUUUUUUUAAGAGUACAGAUUGUAAAACGGAAAUACACUUUGUAAGAGCGUAGUUUUUUGUUUGUUUUUGGCAACUAAGAUAAUACCUGUAAUGUGUUGUUUCAUGUAAUCCCCUUUUUGUAUUACGUAUGUAUAUUUAAAUUGCUGUCUAAAUUAAGUUUUUUUCCAUGAGAUGACAUAUCGGGUCAUGAUAAUUAGCAUUAAAUGCCAUUAACGUCUGACAGAAAUUUCACGAUUAGACUAUGCAUUACGUUACAUAUUUUGGUAUCAUUUCAAAGACGACUGACGAGACAAAAUGGAAUGACAAACAAACGAAACAAAGGCACUUCAUCAAAUUGUUUAGGAUCUGUGAUGUCACUUUUACUUCUUUAAGAAAAUUAUUCAAGAUGAAUUUGCCAAUAUUUAGAUUUUAAGAAUUACUGUAAAGUAUUUUGAUAUUUUUUAUGUACAAUGAAAACCAUUUAGAUGACUGAAAUUUUACUGUCAAUAAAUGUAUUUUACUGA